AUGGAUGCUGACGGAUACUGGGUGCUUCACCCGUCUUCAGAUGAGUUCCCACUCACGCCCCCUGGUGUCUCCUUCACCACCACGUGGUGCAAACGCGCCGUCGACGCUCAGGACAUGGCGUGCCGCCUCACCCUCUGCCAGUCGUCCGUCUACUCUCACCUUACAAAGCGGUCAGCCCCCCCUCACAUCUCCUUCACCACCACGCAGUGCAAACGCGCCGCGUUCUUCGUUCUCCAUCACCACCUAACCCGCGCCCAACCCUAUCUUGCAGGCCUGCCCCACCCGCCGCCAUGCCUGCGCCGGAUGACCGCCACUCGCGAGCACGAGGACCUAUGCAAAAUUCGGCCACCCGUCAUCGGCGACACAGGAGGAGGCCGGCGCGCAAGAUGA